AUGGCCGCUCUUGCUACCACCGAACACAUCGAGGCGUCAAUCUCCGCUGAGCCUUCCACCUCUACGGCAGAGUCGACUCCCUCGACCUCCUCUACCGGGGCGGACACUGCCUCGACAACUCCUUCUACUCCCGCCGAGCCCUCCGACUUCCACCUCGAUAUCAAGUAUGUCGACUCGCGAUACAAGGAAGAUCCCGAGGGAUGGGAAAACGAAGACACCCCAAACGCGGGCGAUGUCGCCGCUGAGCUCGUUCAGCCUCUCGGGAUGGAGACGAGCGACGAGUCGUGGGACGGCUACUGCUUUGUUGUCGUCCGCAAGCACCCUACGCCUGAAGAGAAGGCGAACGGGAACCGCCAAAUCAGGUUCGAGAUCGUCCUCAAGAGCCGGUAUCUUGUCCAGGCCUGUCAAGAGGUCAUGGGUGACCUCCCUGGGAUCUCAUGGACAUCACAGCCUGUCACGCUCCGACCUCAGCUACUCCUGACCUUCUUCCCCAAACUCGAGGCGUACGAGAAGGAGCAAGCCCAAAAGUCAUCGCUCGAGGAGACCGAGGAGCGCAUGCUCGCCUCCAUUCGCGUCCUCACCAGCUAUCUCCGCCAAAACUACCGCCAGACGCUGACACGCAUCGCGAGCCUCCUCUCGAACGGCGAGAUCACCUUCGACCUCCUCUACGCCGUCCUCGUCCCGGGAACCGUAAUCGUCAGGCGAGACGCCGUCACGCGCGAGAUCCGAGCAUUACGGCUCCGCUCUGCUACUAAGGGCGUCAACUCGUGUGGGCAGCCCUUGUACUCUGUCGACUGCGAGGGUCUCGAAGCGUCUGGCGCGGAUGCCGACACUGACGGGGAAGACGGCAUCGGCUGGACGGACGAGGACAAAAGCACGGUUCGGUUCGGGUACACGCGGAGCGUCACGAACAUCCGCCACUUCACCGGCGUCGAGAAGAUCUCCACGCUCAGCCUGUUCCCGCUCCAGUACCACCCCGACGCGGGGCGUGUGCGGGAGGCGCUCCUCGAGCGUGCGCGCAAGUGGGCGGCGCUUUCGAGUGUGCAUCACAUGCACUUCAAGGGGACCGCGGCGCGGCGCGAGUGGGUGCAGAACGAGCUUGUUAUUCGGAGGUUCACCGUCAAGUCGCGGAUCAUGAUCGACAAGGGUAACUUUGAGAGGAAUGAUCCCAACUAUGAUCCCCCGGCUCCUGAACGAAUGCUCCCUCUUGUCAGCGGCAAGUCGGGUGUAGAGUCACUAUCGGACGACGAUGCGCUCCUUGCCAGCCCCGUCCUCUAUGGGUACAGCUUCUCCGACAAGCUCUGGUUCGAGUUCUCCGUGAGCCACGUCUCCGAGAUCGAGUGGAACGACGAAGCGUUCACAGGCCUCAUCCUCCCCUCCGAGCGCAAGUCCCUGCUCCUCUCGCUCAUCGAGGCGAACGGCAAGCUCAACGAGAGCGCCGCCUUCGACGACUUCGUCCGCGGCAAGGGCCAGGGCCUCGUCAUCAACCUCUUCGGCCCGCCCGGGGUGGGCAAGACGAUGUCCGCCGAGGCGACGUCCGAGCACCUCCGGCGCCCGCUCUUCGUCAUCGGCAGCGGCGACCUCGGCACCACCGCGUCCGAGCUCGACGACAAGCUCGAGACCACGUUCACGAUCGCGGCGUGCUGGAACGCGGUGCUGCUGAUCGACGAGGCGGACGUGUUCCUCGAGCAGCGCUCGCUGCACGACAUGGAGCGCAACGCGAUGGUCGCCGUCUUCCUCCGCCACGUCGAGUACUACCGCGGCAUCCUCUUCCUCACCACGAACCGGAUCACGACCUUCGACGAGGCCUUCCUGUCGCGCAUCCACGUCGCGCUCCACUUCGCGGAGCUCUCUGCCGCGACGAAGCGCGCGAUCUGGGCCGCGUUCCUCGCCAAGAUCGGGCUCGCGCAGGGAAAGGUGGACGACGCGCGGCUCGACAGGCUCGCGGCGCGCGACAUCAACGGGCGGCAGAUCAAGAACGCGUGCCGGACGGCGACGUCGCUCGCGCUGUCCCGCGGCGAGACGGUCGGGUACGGGCACCUGCAGGAGGCGCUGGACGCCAUGGAGGAGUUCGUAACCGAGUUCACGGCGCUGCAGUCGGCGGAGAAGAAGGCCGCAUGA